AUGGCAAGAUACGGGCUAAAAAACUUCAAAUGCCCAGAGACGAAGCAUACCGACGAAAAGGACGAUUGUCCUUUCGAUGACUGUCCGUACGGCAGUGGCGAUCCAUCGAGCCUACACCGCCACAAGCGCGAUGCGCACCCGGAGUUUGUACCCGCCCCGCGAGCCGCCACGAUCCCCAUUUUCGAGCUGCAUAUCGUGCACGGUGGCAGCGCAUCCCCCUCAUCAAUAUUUCGUAAUUCGGGCACGACAACAGCCAGCUCGAAUUACUCCCAUCAACUCAAUCUCUCAUAUAUCCGCCCUUACUCCGCCAUCACAUUACACAAGCACUCCAACAACACCGUCUUCAAUGUCCUCCGACACUUCGUCAAUGUCGAUGACAAGACUACCUUCGUUUCAUGA